AUGGAAGAUGGCCCCGAUGGCGCCGUUGGCCCCGUUGGCCCCGUUGGCCCCGAUGGUCCUCCAAAGCGCAGAUGGCAACGCACACCAGCGACUGCAUCAGCCCGAUCUGGUGAGACUCAGCAACUUGCAACGUCUGUCCGCGGCUAUGCAUCAGGUGCCAUGCCUGCCGGUGAUGCAGAACUGCCAAUGAAGGUGGUUUUUGAUAUGGAGACGGGCGAUCCAGACGAUGUGUUGACGCUGCUAAUUUUGGCAUCACACCCGAGAGUGCAGCUGUGUGCGGUGACCAUUACUCCAGGAUCGCUGGACCAGAUUUCCUUGGUCCUCUGGAUUUUGCAGGAGCUGAAGCUCUCAGGCGUUCGUGUAGGCGCUCAAGAGUGGCCCAAAAAUGCCGAGAAGAAAUGCAUGCGGGGCAAAUUCUACGACAGCUUCGGGCGAAUGCCAGAGGAUUCGAUCAAAGGCAUCGAAACAGCUGCGCAAGUGCUUCUGGAGUGCUGUGACGAAGACACGACGCUUCUGACUGGAGGUCCGUUGCACAACUUGGGCCAUGCCUUAGAACUGCCCAACUUCGGUCUGGGCCGAUGGGUUGCACAAGGAGGAUUCGCAGGUGAAGGAGUGGUGCCCAGUGAGUUGCAGAUGGAGAAGUUUGCUGGCAAGCGAACGUGUCAGACAUGGAACUUUGGUGGCAACAAGCCAGCAGCUGAAGCUGCCUUGGCCAGCCACGCCAUUGCGCGCAAAGUUCUAGUCUCGAAGAAUGUUUGCCACCGAGCAGUCUAUGACGGUCGCUUCCACCAGGCAUUUCUACAUGCGUUGGAACAGUCGGAAGCAUCAACCACGCGGGCUACAGCCCUCAAACUGUUGUGCUCGGCUAUGGACAAGUACCAACGCGGGGACGGCAAGAAACUGCAUGAUCCCCUAGCUAUGGCUGCAGUGAUCGAUGAAACUGUCUGUAGUUUCCGAGAGGUUCAUGUUUUCAACGAUCGUCAGGGUUGGGGCUCUGUCCUGCAAACGGGUACCAACACCUGGAUCAGCAUCGACUACGAUGACGAGAGGUUCAGGCAGAUACUGACGGGUGGUCCAACAUGA